AGCAUGACGUCAGGAAGCCAAUGUCAACAAUGCAGCUACUAGAGGAGAAAAGGCGCACACACACUCACACAGGAUACCCGUCUACCACACACCAAGCGAUGCCUACGGUCCAUUAAAAGCAGCGGUUCUGGCUGUCGGAGGGCUGAGGAGAUAAAACACAAUGUAGACACAUUCUUAUUGCUGAGGAACUGAACGCAGACGAGCAGAAAAAACAGGGUGCUACAGGGAGUGAUGUCGGCAGGUGAGGAGCGGGAUGGUGAGGCGGCAGCGCCUGUGUACGUGUAUGAAUCCAAGGUCCACUGUGCCAACGUGCUAUUGAGCCUGGAGGAGCAGCGCCGGCAGGGCAUCCUGUGCGACGUGACCGUACUGGUGGAGGGUAGGGAGGUGCGCGCACACAGGGCCAUUCUUGCUGCAAGUAGCCGCUACUUCCUGCAGGCCCUGCUGGGGCACAACGGGUCACCAGGUGAAGUGGAGCCCAUCAUUAACCUGCCAGACAAGGUGACAGCUAAGGGUUUUGCUCCACUGCUCCAGUUUGCCUACACAGCCAAGCUGGUUUUAAGUCGGGAAAACAUCCAUGAGGUCAUCCUGUGCGCUGACUUCCUGGGUGUUCACAAUCUGGAAGACUCUUGCUUCAGAUUCCUUCAAGCUCAGCUACAGAAUGACAGCCAACAUGCCAGUAAUGGCAAGGUGGAAUAUGAUGAUGACAUCACGGCCGAGGAUACAGUCUUUUCUGAGGCAAUAUCCUUGGAUGAUUCUGCAGAGACAAGGCAGCAAAGCACUGCGUCACUUCACGCUGACCUUUCUCAAUGUCCUAAAUACAGGAAAUAUCAGUACCAGAUCUGUGAGAACAAGCACAAUGGAAAAAACUGUCAUGGCAGUGAUGAUGCCAUUUUGGCCAACCAUACAGUCAGCUCCGUGAGCUCACAGCUUGCAGACAGCAGUCCUGCUCCACAAACUCUUCUUAUACCCUCCAGGAUCAAACAGGAACCAUUUAUUUUUGAGGAAGAAGGGGGUGAAAGGAAUGGUUGCAACCCAGAAUUGUGUACUGAGGAGGUACUGGAGAUGGAGCUAGAGGUAGAAGGGGUUCCAGUAACAGCUGAACACUCUCUGAGCCGAGGUUCACCCUCUUCCUGCCUGCGCUCCUACCUCCAGAGAGGUGGCCUAGAUCUCAGCAAUGUGCCCAGCACCACCAUCCAGCAACUGCUCACCAACAGACUGUCCCUUAACCACUACAGGGAACUGGUCAAAGACAGGCAGAGGGAUAAGAGGGAAUCUCUGGGUCAAGUGGACCUCAAGACCAGCAAUGCAGAUGUAAUACCAGCAGCCCUAACUGGCAUUGGCAAGAACAUGGAAAGGCCUGUGUCCAAAGCCUCCUCCUCUAAACAUGAGGUGGAGCUAGACAGACGCAGUGUCAUUUUCUCUUCAGCAGCUGGCGAGCAACAAAUGUUGGCCCAUUCUUACAUGGAUGAGAAGUUCAGAGAAAAAGUCUCAACCCUGGUGCACGUAGAAGCUCCUUCUUCUGGACGGUCAUGCCUCACCACCAGCUGCCCUGUUCCCAUCAAGGCAUCAGCCCACUCCCCUCCUCCUUCUCAACCCCCAACCCAGACUUCCAGCUCCCGUUCCUCAUUCUCUUACCCAGAGGACACAGGCAGUGGUAGCUCACCUUCCAACUUUCCCCAGUUUGACUUCUCCUCAUCCCUGCACUCAGGUUCCACCUCUGGACUGUCUCACUGCCUGGCUGGGGUAGUGGAGCAGAGGAACCCCCACAGCAGAGAGGUGGUCUACUCUCAGGGUUGCACCAAGAUCAAAAGUGAACAAGGAUUCGGUGCCAGUGGUGGCAACUCCAGUGACGAAUCAGGCUCUUUCUCAGAGGGAGACAGUGAAAGUGGCAUCUCCAGAGUCUCUGGCCCUGAGGUAAAGCUGCCCUUCCCCGUGCACCAGAUCACCAACCUGCCACGCAAUGACUUCCAGAUCCUCAUCAAGAUGCACAAGCUGACCUCAGAGCAGCUGGAGUUUAUCCACGACAUCCGCCGCCGCAGCAAAAACCGCAUCGCCGCCCAGCGCUGUCGCAAGAGGAAGCUGGACUGCAUCCAGAACCUGGAGAGCGAGAUUCACAAACUGGUGUGUGAGAAGGAGAAGCUGCUGAGCGAGCGCAACCAGCUGAAGGUUUGCAUGUCUGAGCUGUGGCAGAACCUCUCCUUCCUCUCCCAGCAAGUGUGUAGGGAGGUACAGGGCACCCAGCCUCCUUUCUCCGCCAGCAUCGACCUUACAUCCAACCCAUCAUCGCCUUCUUCGGAUGAGGGCUCAUCCCAGCCCAGGUCACCAGUGUUGCAACAAAGCGAGGCUGAAUGUCUGCCUGAUGUGGGUCCCAGUCAGGGGGGCCUGGAGGAUAGGCAGCCUGGGGUCGAGCUGUCAGGUCUGGAGCAGGAGAACCCAGAUUGUCCACUGGUGCUUGGAUCCAUUGAGGAAGUAUGUAGCCCCACUGUAACAGUGGAUUUCUGUCAGGAAAUGACUGAGAAAUGCACAACGGAGGAACAGAAGAUACAGAACUUUACUUAGAGUCUGGUGGCAAACAGUUUGGUCUAUGACACACACAUACAUGUCUAUACCUUGAUAUUCGAAGUAUUUAUAUUUCUUUUUUGUAAUGGAUGACACAAGCGUUGUCUUAUCAGCAAUACUGUUCAACAGGUAUUUUUGAACUGGUGAUAGAACAAAAGCACUGGCAGCUUUCUCUCUCUUUCUCUCUUCUUCUUUCUGCCUAAUCCUGACUUUUUCUUCCUGUCAGCUUCCCUCCCUCUCUUGUGCAUCAUGGGAGGUUAAACUCAGGAAUUCCUCAGAAUGUUCAGUAAUGUCCCUGUUAACAUGUACAUGCACUUUACUUUAAAGUCCUGUCAAAUUUUGAUAAUUACUUCGCUACAUACAACUGAGUUGUAGUAAAUAAUUAAUAUUAGACCUCUAAAGGCCCUUUCGGGCACAAUGUGACAACAGCACCACGGCGCUCUGAAACCCAUUAUUUCCAAUUGCUUGUUCCGCGUGACAACACCUUUUCUUUGCGUCCAGAGUGCGUAAAUUAGCUACGUUGAUUAUAUUAGUGGAUUUAUUGAAUUUUAUUUAUAGUAGAUGUAACUUCCAGCUAUGGUGCAUUUGCAGCCACUUUGCCUCAUAUAUGAAGUUGACACUACUGUAGUUCUUUUCACCAAGAGUUAAAUGUCGUAGCAGACAGAAUUUUUCUGAUAUGUCUAACAGAAACAGAAAUUACAACUAUUUGGUCAACAUCUUUUUUUUUCAAGUGUGCUUCUUAUAAUUACGGUCUGAACAAUAUGACAUGAACAUGGCACAAGUCUUCAGAAAGCUGUGCACAGUCACUGCACUGUUGUUUGCCAAGAAACUCUACUUUAUGUAACUCUUACUAAAAUCACAAAUUUAAAUUUUUACAUUUCUGUUUGUGUGCAGCUUUAGAGGUGUUGGUAGGUAUGAUUUUUCACUUUUGGUGUGAGAGCCAGGCUAAGUGUUUCCCCCCCGAGUCCACUCUUUAUGCCAAGAUAGGCUAACCAUGUCCUGACUCCAGCUCUCUGUUAAAAAACAGACAACAGACAGAUGUCCAUCUUCUCACCUCACUCUAAGAAGGAAAACAAAUAAGUAUAUUUCCCCAAAAUGUUGAACUAAUCCUUUAAAUUAUUUAAUAUAUGGUACAACAUCAAACAACAUCAAACAGCUUACUUUUUGACAUACGACUUAACAUUUUAGUGAUCCAGUAAUUGUUGAGUGACACAGGACUGUAAAGUAAAAUGUUACCAAAGGUGUGUAUUUGUAAAAUGUUACAUUAGGUGAAAUGGUCAAAUGAACUCUCCUUAUGCAAAGUUGCUUUUGUCAAACUUCACUUUUACUUUUUAUUGUACUCAGAUGGACAUUUCUACACAUUUCUCUUCUCCCUUUUUUCAUAUCUGCACUUAGAGAUAGAAUUACAUUACAAGUACUGCCCAGCACCUCAAGGAUGUGACACCUGACACUGAAUAUGAGCAAACGCAUUGUGACAUUGGCACUUACAGUAAAACAUGUCCCAAGCCAAUCACUGGGUGUCCAAAGAGAUUAAAGGACCAUACCGAUGUCAAUUCAUACUUCUGCUGACCAUUUUCCAAAGCAUGCUGUAGUAUUUCUCAAUUGAUUUCAUUAAUUUCUGCUCAGUAUGAAAUUUACAGUCAAGCAUACAAUUCAACAAAUAUAAAGAAUAAUGUUUUCAACAAAUUGAUUUACAUGAUUACAUUUAAACUGAUCUCCAGUCAUUUUCUAGACUUUAAGAUUUUAGCAGGUUUAUCAAGGAAAUUCCUGUAGAAAUUCACAAAUUCAAAACCCAACUAUGUUACUAUCGUAGAAAAGGUUUCAGUCGUAGUCAUCUGGACACUGUUUUCAGAAUCAAGAUGUUUCGGCUCCCAUCCGGAAGUCAUUCU